CUUUCAUAUGCAAUUUAAAACAUCCGUCUCGCCCCCCUCACAAACCCUGUGAUCUCAUCAUCAAAACAUUGCAGUGAUGGCUGCUCACCCUGCCGACGAUGUCGCUGUUGCAGUGGAGGCAAGUGGAGUCCAUGGUGCUAACAUGUAUACUGUUGACGACUCCCGCUCAGGAAGUUUCAGAGGAUGCCGAUUCUGCUUAUGGAGGAGACGAAUUGGCAAGUUAUACCAGCUCGCUGAGCUACAGUGCCACGAGUUACAACUGGGAGCAUGGCCGGCGGUAUCACAGUUUCAGAGAAGGGACGUAUAACUUUCCCAACGACGAGGGAGAGCAAGAGCGGUACGAUAUGAUGCAUGAGGUGUUUCUGACCGCAAUGGAAGGCAAGCAUUUCUUGGCUCCAUUGCAGGAAAGUAUCGGCCGGAUUCUCGAUAUUGGCACAGGGACUGGCACCUGGGCCAUGCAAAUCGGCGACAUGUUCCCUGCCGCUCAGGUGAUUGGCAACGACCUCAGUCCGAUCCAGUCACAGUGGGUUCCUCCCAACGUCUCGUUCGAGGUGGACGACGUCGAGUCCGAGUGGCAGUACUCGCAGCCUUUCGACUUCAUCCACUCACGGUAUAUGGCUGGGUCCAUCGCGGACUGGCCUCGUUUGAUGCGUCAAUGCUACAACAAUCUGAGGCCGGGUGGAUGGGUCGAAUUCCAAGAUUUCGAUCUGCACAAUUAUUCCCAAGACAAUUCGAUUCCGCCGGACAACAAAGUCAAGGAAUGGUAUGACACGCUCCUCGAAGGUUGUGACAGAAUUGGAAGGACCGCUUCUCCCGGGCCACGUUUGGAGAUGUGGGCUCGCGACGCCGGAUUCGUGAAUAUCCAGCACAAGAAAUUCAAGUUGCCGUUGGGUCCAUGGCCCAAGGAUAAGACAUUGAAACGAGUCGGCGCGCUUAAUUUGUAUCAGCUACUCGAAGGGCUCGAGGGUCUGACGCUAGCACUCUUCACGAGAGCAUUGGGAUGGUCUGUGGAGGCGAUUUAUGCCUUCCUGGCCGGAGUGAGGCAAGAUGCGAUGAAGAAAGGAGUACACAUGGUUCAUGAUUUCCAUGUCGUGUAUGCGCAAAGACCUGUGUCCGAGGGGUCCUGACGAUGGAGUUCUCAGAUGGCUUGAGUAUGUCAUUCGGUGGACGAUCAGGGACGGCGAAUCAAUUGAAAAGCGAUGAUUAUGAAUUUAUGGGAGGAACAUAGGAUCGCGAAAUGGGCAUCAGCGGUCCAUAAAAGUUGUUGUUGUUUAUGACAGUCAUGUGUAGCUUGUCAAAGGAAGAACCGGGACAAGUAACAACAGCGCUUUUUACUGCUGUCUACGUACCUGAGGUACUGUAGCCUCAGGCGAGAAAUCUGUCCUCCGUGUUCUCCUUUUGAUUAGCCGCUCGCCAUUUUGCUCACCUUCCGCUCAACUGCU